UAGCCAAGCCCAGUUCCUGCAAGUGUUCAUUGUAUGUUUUAGCCUCCAGUCCUCCAAUUGGGCCAAAAGACGAAAGUAGCUCAGGCCCGUUUGAAAGCCGCCGCCGCGGCCAUGGAGAGCCCCUCUUUCGACUGCAAUUUCCGCGUGGCCUCCCAUCCUCCGCGGCCUCCCAGCUUCACCUCAGCAAGGGCGGAGCUACGGCGGCGGCGGCGGCUGCCGCCACGCGAAGCCCCCUCCUCCUCCCUCGCCGCCGCUCCGCCCUCCGGCCCCGCAGGAACAAAAGAGGCGGAGGCCGCGGGGAAAGCCGCCACGGCCAGAAGCGGCGGCGGCGGCGGCGGCGACAAGGCCUCCUCUUUCCCUCCCUCCCUCCUUCCUGCCCCUCCCUCCGCGGCCGGAGGGUCCCGCGGCCUCGAGGCGUUUCCGAGGUGGUUUGAUUGAAGACUCCUGUCUCCUUUGUGCAAAGAUUUGACACAGAACUUUUUCAGUCAAGGGUACGAUCAGCUGAGAAAGCAAUGAAUGAGCCAAGAGCUGCAGGGACAGAUCGGGAGCCAAAAGGAACAGAAAAAAACCCCAGUGCAAUUCAUCGCCAGCAUAAGAAGGAGCGCCUGGGAUGGGGAGCGUCACAACAUUGCCAAAGGGAGACCUGUCACGGGAUGCAGGAGCGCUGGGAAGCCCAGCUCCAGCAGUUCCUGAAAUCUCUGCAGCCCAUUUUAACAGGACGGGGAAGCUCUGGGAUGUCCGAGGCUUCUCCCUGGGAGGACACCAAGGAGUUUCUGGCCUCCUUUGAGCAAGUGGCCAAAGCUUGCCGAUGGCCUCGGGACCAGUGGGCAGCCCAUCUCCUGCCAGCCCUGAGCGGAGAGGCAGAAGAGGCCUUCCGAGGCCUGGAAGCCAGAGACCAGGAAAACUAUGAGAAAGUUAAGGCCGCCAUCUUACGGGGGGAAGCCCUGAGAACGGAGAGGCAGCGGCAGCACUUUCGGCAAUUCUGCUGCCAAGUGGUAGAGGAUCCCCGGAGGAUCCACAGCCAACUCCAGGAUCUUUGCCGCCAGUGGCUGAAGCCGGAGAGACGCACCAAGGAGCAGAUCCUGGAGCUGCUGAUCCUGGAGCAGUUCCUGGCCAGCCUCCCACCGGAGCUCCGGAGUUGGAUCCAAGCCAGGAGGCCGGAGUCGUGUUCCCAGGCGGUCGCCUUGGUGGAGGACUUCCUGAUGAGUCAACAGCGGGCCAAAACCAGGACUUCUCAGGGGCGUUUAAAGGAAAAACCUGUGGAUUUCCAACCAGUAGUUGCAGAGACAGAGCCCCUGAAUGCCACAAAGGGACCUGUCUACGGUGAAACUGAUCCAAAUGUGGAGGCCAAUUUGCUGGGCAAUGGACCGAAAUACCCAAGUCCCUCUCCUUUGCCAUUUCCUGAAGGAGAAGAAGUGGGCCAGACUGGUGGGAAAGAGGGAUCCAAGGAUAUCAAGGAAACUGGAGGGUCUUUGCAGAUCGUAAAGCAGAGCGUGACCCAGCCAGGCCAGCAGACUAUGCUGUGGCACGUCCUGCAGGAAGAGGAUGACACAAAUACGGAUAUUUUGGGGGACGAAAUGGGAAAGUACAUCAAGGUGGAGAUUCCUCAGUGUGGAGAAGCUGAAACAGAGGAUAACUCCAGGACGGGGCCACAGAUUGGCUACGACCAGGUGCCCGUCAAACAUGAGAGGCUGGAAGGACGACCUGAAUCACGAGAGCCCCAGGAUGGAUCGCCAGUCGGGACAGGAAAGGACUGUUUUGAGCUAGGAGAAGUUCAUUGGAAGAGAUACCAGAGAAUGUCCAUUCUGAAUUCCUCCCACUUUCCUAGAGAGGUCGGCCAUGAGAUCCCAGAAGUCUUCCCAAGCCACCCUCCUCCUGCAAAGAAGCCCCGGAGCGGUCCGGAGCACAGCGUGGUGUGGGACCACUUUGAGUUGGAUUCGGAGGACCCCUGCUAUGGCAUCUGCACUCACUGCAAGAGACGGGUCAGCCGAGGCAAGAACUCAAAACAUUUUUCAACAUCUGGGCUGCUGAAACAUCUGCAACGGCAUCACGGCAAUAUCGUUCUAGCUGCCAUCGCCACGACGCAAGCCAUGUUGCCGACUAGCAGCAAGUCGAACGGAUCUGUUGUGAUGCCAAGUGCUUUGCCCCAGUGCUGGAUGAAGCAGAAGUCAGCUGGUAAAAGGCAGCCUGGUCCAAAACCAUCGGAAGUGACCCGUGCUAUUGCCCAGAUGAUGGCUGUGGACGACCAGCCCUUCAGCAUGGUGGAAGAGGCAGGUUUCCAGCACCUCCUGAAGUUGCUUGCCCCCAACUAUAAAAUCCCAUCGGGUACCACCUUCAGCCGACAGAUCAUGCCCUCCCUGUAUCAGGCCUGCAGGGAGGAGGCCUUGGGGAUGCUUCAAACCCCAGGACCCCCUGCCAGUGUGAACGUGAGCUCCGAUGAAGUCUGCCCGGGAAGUCUUCCGUUGGGAAUGAAAGCAAUGAAGGAGGGCGUUUUUGUAGAGUCCAGAUUGGAAGUGGACCUUCCAGAAGGAUAUGGAAAAGCCACCCCUCAUCUUACGUUAGAAGGCAAGAUCAAGCGGCUGGGAUGGGUAGCAUCACAUGAGAACAAUGGGGAAUCUUGCAAAGUGAGACAACAGCGCUGGGAGGCCCAGUGGCAGGAGUUCCUCAGGACGGGAAGAGGAGGAAACUCCCUGCUGAUGUCGGAGGCUUCCCCCUGGGAUGACCCCAAGGCCUUUCUGGCCUCCUUCGAGCAGGUGGCCACAGCCUGUCGGUGGCCCAGAGGACAAUGGACGGCCCGUCUCCGGCCAGCUCUGAGCGGAGGACUGGAAGAGGCCUUCCGGACCUUGGAAGACCGAGACCAAGGGGAUUAUGGGAAGGUCAAGGCGGCCAUCUUGCGGAGGGAAUCCCUAAGGUCGGAGAUGCAACGCCAGCAUUUUCGGCAGUUCUGCUGCCAGGAGGUGGGAGACCCCCGGAGGAUCCACAGCCAACUCCAGGAUCUUUGCCACCAGUGGCUGAAGCCGGAGAGACGCACCAAGGAGCAGAUCCUGGAGCUGCUGAUCCUGGAGCAGUUCCUGGUCAGCCUCCCACCGGACCUCCGGAGCUGGAUCCAAGCCAGGAGGCCGGAGUCGUGUCUGCAGGCGGUGGCCCUGGUGGAGGACUUCCUUCGGAGCCAGGAACAGACCAGAUCAGGGUCGUGGCAGGGUUCCUUAAAGGAAGAGCGGAUGGAUUUCUUACAUGUGGAGGGAAAACCUCUGGAAGCUACGAAGAGAGAAAAUGAUGAGCUAGAGAAGGACUGCGAAGCGGGGACUGAGCCAGCCCUCCCAACAGACCAGGAGCAGGGUGGAAUCCUAGAUAUUUGGGAUGAUGUAAGAGAGCGUGAGGUUAAUGAAGAGAACUCAUAUUAUGGACAAAAUGCAUUGGAAGAAAAAUACAAAAUAACUCCUCAGACAAGCUACAAGAAUAAGGAAGAGAUUGCAGAAAUGCAGGAGGAAGGAGCAGAGUCUGAAAACCAGCAGAGGACAGAAAAAGAGGAGAGACAGAAAGAAUGUACAGACUCCCUUAUCCAAAAUACCAGUAAGUCCAAUACGGAAGAAAUGCCUGUGUACUCCAGAUACGGUAGAAGUUAUCGCUAUAGAGUAGAACGUGAUGUAAUCCAUUCCAGCCAAGAUUAUGACGAACGUCCCAAUUCAGAAGAGAACGUCCAGUGUAAUUCCUCAAUUAGGCUACGGGAGAAAGCCAAAAUAAGUGAGAAAAUGCAUGCAUUCUUUGAACGCGGGAAAGAAAGUCACUAUCAGAACGAAGAACCUCGUCAGUCUUCUGAACGUGAGAAAAAGGUUACUCACGCGGACUCGCCGAGCAGAAUUCCAACCUGCCCGACAGAAAACAGACAGUACGAAUGCUCGCAGUGCGGGAAACGCUUAAGUACAAGAAGGAAUCUGAAAUUACACCAGAGAUGUCACACCGGAGAAAAGCCGUACAAAUGUUUUCAGUGUGGGAAGUGCUUCAGCCAGGCUGGAUGUCUGAAGACCCACCAAAGAUUCCACACGGGGGAGAAACCUUACAAGUGUUCUCAGUGCGGGAAAUAUUUCAGGCAGGUGGGAUAUCUGAAGACCCACCAAAGAUUCCACACAGGAGAGAAACCUUACAAAUGUUCUCACUGUGAUAAAUACUUCAGUCAGUCGGGCUAUCUGAAGACCCACCAAAGAUUUCACACCGGAGAGAAACCCUACGAAUGUUCGCAGUGUGGGAAGGGCUUCAGUACGGGAAUUAACUUAAAGAGACACCAGAUGAUUCACACCGGAGAGAAACCCUACGAAUGUUCACAGUGUGGGAAGUGUUUUAGGCAAGCAGGAAAUCUAAAGAGCCAUCAAAGAACUCAUACCGGAGAGAGACCCUAUCAAUGUUCUUAGUAUGAGAGGUAACUCAAUUGACAACAAUUGAGACCGCCUCCUGCCGAUUACCUCCCAUAGACCGAUUAGAUCUCACAGGUUAGAUCUCCUCCGGAUUC